CUCUUCGAGUGCAUUCACUCACAGCGUAAACCGCGCAAGAUCACAACGUAGACGAUAUUCCCUCAUUAUUAUUUUCUCAUUGCGGUGUUAGAUAAAAAUUAAUGAAAACGUCACGAGCAUUGAUCUCUAUUUAGAGGCAGUUACGGUUUACAAGUGUUGUGCCACGAUUACGUUCAAAUAAGGGAUUAAGAAAUCAGCCGAAGGUUAAAUUUCAUCACACUAUGGACGCCACAAUGGAAAACAAGAUGGGUCUCCCGCCACCUUAUGAACAAACGAGGCCUAACCCUGCGCCCCCACCAUCGUACUUCGGUGACAACCCUCCACCGCCGCCUGGUUUAGUGGUCCCUCCAGCCCCUGGGCCACGCACCACAGUCAUAACGUCACCGCCACCACUACCCGGAGCGCGCCCUGGAAAGAUGGGCCCUGGACCUUCAGGCACCAACUGCCCAACUUGCAACAAAUCCAUCGUGACCACAGUCGAAUAUGUUCCAAACAACCGCACACACAUCAUAUCGGCAGCGCUAUGCGUUUUAGCUGGAUGCUGUUGCGGCUGCUUCGUACCGUACUGCAUGAGAUCCUGCAAGACUGCCAACCACUACUGCCCUCAAUGCAAGGCUUUCAUCGGUUCCUAUACGCCAUCUUGAUUUUAACAACUCUUCAAUGAAUUCCCAAAAUCUACGCAUAUUUUGAACACCUUAUUGUGCUACAAAUCAAGAUCUAUAUGAAGUCUGUGAACAGUUUGUUUUAAAAAUCUCAUGUGAUGUAUCUCAAUUCUCAUUAAAUAAGUGACUCAUUCUGCCAGGUGCAAAGUCAAGUUGUUGGCAUCCGAAUAUUAACAUAGUUUACUGAUAUUAUUAAUGUUAAUCUUCAUAUAAUUACUUAUUCCAGAGUUAAGAAAAAUACGUUUUCAUUCAAAAAUAUAUUACAUUCGUCUUCAUACUUGAAUAAUAUUAAUAUAAUUCACCACUAGUGUUAAAAUGCAUUUCCGAUGUAGGUACAGAAACGAAUAUUGUAAUGCAACGUGCAUAAUUUCCUAAGUACAUAAAAAUACACAUAGCAAAGUAAUGGAUCGGCAUCUAAACUUAUAAUUUCCUAAUUAAAACUUUUAAGACAUAAUUUUAAGUUCUUUUGUCAUAAAUAAUAUGAAUAAUAUGAAUAUUAUGUAUUUGAUCACAUUUGACCAAAUGCUUAUCGAAUUUAUAAUUUAUUGUAUGUUUUAGAUAAUAGUUUAAUAUUAAGUAUAUUUUUUUAUGAAUAAUAUAAUUUAUUAUAAAAAAGUAUCGCUAAUUAUGAUAAAAAUGUAUAUUCGGUUCUGUGAUAUACUUUUCAAGGGUCUUUCUUUUGUACGAUUUCUACCUACUUAUGUUUUAAUAAAUACACCUAUGGUUAGUUGUCUAA